GAACCACUCUCCUCCUCCCCCCCCACAAUCCAUCGUCAUCUUCAUCAUCAUCGUCAUCGCAUCGAGCUUCGCAGGCAAAAGGCCAGAAAGAAAGAGAGAAGGAGAAGGGGUAAAAAAAAAUAAAAAAGCUCUCUCCAAGAGGAGAUCAUGAACAAUCGCCCCAGCCGCAGCUCUCGCACGCUCUGAUUCGCUCUCUUCUCAUCGUGCUGCCAUCAUUCUCGCGUCGGUUCUCAAGCAUUCGCCCUAGAUCUGUAUGUACAAAUACUCCUUCUCUCGCUCUCUCGGAGCUUCUGAAUCCCCGAACUCGAGUGUGUGAUUCCCCCUCCUUCGUCGCGGGAUCGUCCUAGGGUUUCCAAUCGCUGUGGUCAUUGGAAGUGGCAACCUCUUUUUGUACCCACGGUUUUCGCCUCCAUUUGGCCGCGCUGCCGUCCCCAAACCCUAGAAGCUGACGGGCGCUUUCUCUUGUUGCUUUCGGCUUCCGUUUCGAAUCUGUAUAGAGCGCGGUCGUUCGGUUUAGCAGAUUUUCCUGUUUUUUCACAGGCAGGGGAGCGUUAGGUGUAAUCUUGGUUCGUUCGCAGUUUGUGUAUACAAAAGGGGUAGUUGUUAGGUUUCUUUUUUAGUCGAUUCGGUGUUAGCGAUGAUGAACAAUAGAGCUAGGUAUCCGCCGGGUAUCGGUGCGGGCAGGGGCGUGAAUGCGGGCCCUGCAUUCCAGUCGAGGACGCCUCAGCCGCAGUAUGUGCAGAGAGGCCAGUUAGGACAACCGCCACAGUAUCAGCAGAAUCACCACCACCAACAGCAGCAGCAGCAUCAGCAGCAGCAGCAUCAACAGUGGCUUAGGAGAACUCAAUUAGGAGGUGCAGAUUCGACAGUCGAUGAGGUCGAGAAGACAGUGACAGUGCAGUCAGAGGCCAUUGAUUCGAGCUCACAAGAUUGGAAGGCAAGGCUAAAGAUACCACCACCUGAUACGCGCUACAAGACAGAGGAUGUUACAGCAACUAAAGGAAACGAAUUCGAGGACUACUUUCUGAAGCGCGAGCUCCUUAUGGGUAUUUAUGAGAAAGGAUUUGAAAGACCUUCUCCUAUCCAGGAAGAAAGCAUUCCAAUUGCUCUAACUGGUAGUGACAUUCUUGCUAGAGCUAAAAAUGGAACUGGAAAAACCGCUGCAUUCUGCAUUCCUGCCUUGGAAAAGAUUGAUCAAGAUAACAAUGUUAUUCAAGUUGUCAUACUUGUUCCAACCCGAGAAUUGGCUCUUCAGACGUCACAAGUAUGUAAGGAGCUUGGGAAGCACUUGCAAAUUCAAGUGAUGGUGACCACUGGUGGAACCAGCUUAAAGGAUGAUAUUAUGCGUUUGUAUCAACCUGUUCAUUUACUUGUUGGAACACCCGGGAGAAUCUUGGAUCUUUCAAAGAAGGGAGUGUGCAUAUUGAAAGAUUGUUCAAUGCUUGUUAUGGAUGAGGCUGAUAAGCUCUUGUCACCAGAAUUUCAACCAUCGGUGGAGCAGCUGAUUCGAUUUUUGCCAGGCAAUCGUCAAAUCUUGAUGUAUUCAGCCACAUUUCCUGUUACUGUGAAGGAUUUCAAGGAUAGAUAUCUGCAGAAACCUUAUGUUAUUAACCUUAUGGACGAGCUCACGCUGAAAGGUAUUACCCAAUAUUAUGCUUUUGUUGAAGAACGGCAGAAGGUGCAUUGUCUCAACACACUGUUCUCAAAGCUUCAAAUCAACCAAUCAAUCAUUUUUUGCAACUCGGUCAAUCGGGUGGAGCUUUUAGCCAAGAAAAUAACUGAACUUGGCUACUCUUGUUUCUACAUUCAUGCCAAGAUGCUGCAAGACCAUCGGAACAGAGUUUUUCACGACUUCCGCAAUGGUGCCUGCAGGAAUCUUGUUUGUACUGAUCUAUUCACUAGGGGUAUUGACAUUCAAGCUGUGAAUGUCGUUAUUAACUUUGAUUUCCCCAAGAACGCUGAAACUUACUUGCACAGGGUUGGUCGUUCAGGAAGAUUUGGCCACCUAGGUUUAGCUGUCAAUCUUAUCACAUAUGAGGAUCGCUUCAACUUGUAUAGGAUUGAGCAAGAACUUGGAACUGAGAUUAAACAGAUUCCUCCACAUAUUGAUCAGGCAAUUUAUUGUCGGUGAUAUAUGGGAGAAAUCUUGGUGCAGUACUGAAGUGGAAAUGGGAUCGAUGAAGCUGCCUGAUUCAAUAAGUGGGCAUGGGCGGCUUGUGGAGCGUAAAUUGUGAGGGAUUAAUAUGAUAAAAACUUUUUUGUGGACGCCCAAAUAGGAGUGCUAAGAAUGUUUUUAAUGGUGUCUGGAUUUGUGUAACCCGGAUUAUAUCAGGAGAUUGCUGAGAGUUGGUAGAUGAUCUACACAAGUCUCGGGAAAAAACGUAUGGGUCCAAUUUACCUUUGAAUUUCCUCAAGAGACGUUUCUCUCUUGUUUUCGCCUAUAUUGUCUAGAAUGCUUUUGUUCCCUCUGUUUUGGAAAGAUUGAUCACUGUUGACAGA